GUCCUUCUAGAUCAAAAUGUUCAGACUCCUCCCCCAAGUCCUUUUUCAAUACAAGCUUUCAGUAAGGGGACAAGCUGUAGUAAUGGACAAGGUUUUGAUUAUGGCCUUGGAAAUAACAGAGGUGACCAACUGAGUGCCAUACUGAAUUCCAUUCAGUCACGGCCAAAUCUCCCAGCUCCUUCCAUCUUUGAUCAAGCUGCAAAACCUCCCUCUUCCCUAGUCCACAGUCCAUUUGUGUUCGGACAGCCCCUUUCCUUCCAGCAGCCUCAGCCACAGCUUCAGAGUGACCGAAUGAAUUUCACAGGAGCUGCUAGACCAAUUUCUCCAGCAGGAAAAGUGGAUAUGUCAUCAAAACACAGAGCUGACAGCAGGUCACCCAAGCUUGAUGUGCGAAUGAAUAGAGCUGCUGCUGACCAGAAAAAACCUAGGAAUACAGAAGGCUUAUCUGCCAGUGAGUCUCUUCUGCUGAAAUCAGAUGCUGCAAAAUUGCGAUCAGACUCUCACAGCAGGUCUUUGUCUCCAAAUCAUAACACUUUGCAAACACUAAAAACUGAUGGAAGAACAACUACUGGUCUGAGAGCUGAAUCUCCAGGGCCAGGAACCCGCUCGUCUUCUCCAAAGACAAAGACACUUACAGCCGUUAGAUCUGGUGCUAGUUCUCCACGAUCCUCAUCACCCCAUGACAAAACUCUACUUCAGAAAGCUCCAUCUCCUGUAAAAACAAAGCUUGAUCCUCCUCGAGAACGCUCCAAAUCAGAUUCUUACACAUUAGAUCCAGACACCCUUCGCAAAAAGAAAGUACCACUAACAGAACCCAUAAGAGGGAGGUCCACUUCACCCAAACCAAAAACUGUUGCAAAAGAUGGAAAACCUGUUACAGAAACUGAAAAUAGAGCUCCCUCCCCUCAUGUUGUACAAGAAAAUCUUCACAGCGAGGUAGUUGAAGUAUGUACUUCAAGUGCUUUAAAGACUAACACCAUUAUAGAUAGCACCUGUGAAGACAAUACAGAAUUCAGAAGUCUGGAUGAUGGUUCUAAUAAAGUUCAUUUCAGCAUAGGAAAAGCACCACUGAAAGAUGAGCAAGACAUGAGGGCAUCUCCAAAAGUGAGCCGUAAAUGUGCUGGUAGGCACACAAGACCCAAAAAGGAAAAAUCCAGCUUUCUUUUCAAAGGAGAUGGCUCCAAGCCUGCAGAGCCUGCCAAGCAAGCAAUGUCACCUUCUGUAGCAGAAUGUGCUAGAGCUGUAUUUGCUGCAUUCCUUUGGCAUGAAGGAAUAGUUCAUGAUGCUAUGGCUUGUUCAUCUUUUUUGAAGUUUAACCCAGAACUCUCCAAAGAGCAUGCACCAAUACGAAGCAGUCUUACUCAACAGCCUGCAGAGGAAAAAGAAACCAAGCUGAAAAACAGACAUUCAUUGGAAAUAUCAUCUGCUCUUAACAUGUUCAACAUCUCACCUCAUGGACCAGAUAUAUCUAAAAUGGGUAGCAUCAAUAAAAACAAAGUCCUCUCAAUGUUAAAAGAACCACCCCUGCAUGAAAAGUGUGAGGAUGGAAAAACUGAAACUACCUCCUUUGAAACAUCCAGUCAUCACACAAUGAAAUCCAGGUCUCCUCUUCCAUUAACACUGCAGCACUUGGUAGCUUUCUGGGAAGAUAUUUCUUUAGCAACUAUUAAAGCAGCUUCCCAAAACAUGAUUUUUCCAAGUCCUGGUUCUUGUGCAGUGUUAAAGAAGAAGGAAAGUGACAAAGAUAAUAAGAGAACCAAAAAAGAGAAAAAGAAAAAAGAAAAGGUUGAGACUAGGCCAAGGGGAAAUCUUUUUGGUGAGAUGGCCCAGCUUGCAGUGGGAGGACCUGAAAAAGACACCAUCUGUGAGUUGUGUGGAGAAUCCCAUCCAUAUCCAGUGACUUACCACAUGAGACAAGCUCAUCCAG